GUCCAUCGUGCUACCGCUGCGCAAACAGGUUCGAUUGGCGGACGUGAAGGGGGAGCUUCGCGAUGGCGAUCUCUUGCUCUUCCGGCGGCGCGGAUUGAUCUCGAUCGCGGGGCGCGGCGUUCACUCGCACGCGGCGAAGGUCGCGUGGUGGGGCGACGAGCCGUUCUGCGUCGAGGUCCGCGAGUGGUUCGGCGGCCGGGCGGUGACGCUCGCCAGCCAGGUCGAGCGCUGCCCGGGACGGAUCGACCUGUUCCGCGCCAAUCCGGGCAACCGCUGGCCCGAGUACGACGCGGCCGCGGCCACGCGGUACAUGCGGCUCUUGGCGGGAUGCGAUUACGGCUACGCGGCCGUGAUCGAGGCGGCGCUGCUGCACCUGCCGAUCACGCGGAUGUGCGUGACGGCGGACGUCGAGGCGUGCGCGAUGGCGGACCGGCUCGCGGGGGGCGUCGACCCGGCGCCCUACUUGGCGGAUCGCGUGACCGAGCCGGCGGACCUCGCGCGGGCGAUGAACCACGCGUUGCUACUCGGUUGGUGGUUGGCGCUUGUUGGCGCCGCGGCGGCGCAGUGCGGGCCGAACGGCUGCUACGUCGCGAGGCCACCGGCAAUGGUCGGCCCUGUGCAAGCGGCUGGGCCUCGGACACACGAGUCGAUUGCGCGGAUUGUUCACCACGAAGGGGGUGGCGCCUCGAUUGGGUCGGGGACGCUUGUCGCUUCGCGGAACGGCAAUGGUUAUGUGCUGACUUGCGCUCACUUGUUUACGAGUGAAGGGAAGACCGAGGUGCAGCUCGCCGGGCGGUCGCUCGCGGCGCGGAUCGUCGCGAUGGACCGGGUGCACGACUUGGUGUUGUUGGAGACGCAAGGCGUCGCCGGUAGUGCGGUCGAGACGGCGGAGUGGACAGCGACGGGCUUGCUGUCGGCGUGCGGCUUCGGAUCGACGGGUCAGUUGCGUUGCGUCCGCGGGCCGGUGCUCGGGUUCUCGACCGCCGCCGGCGCGUCCGCGCCGAGCGUGCGGAUUCGCGGCGCGGUCCGUCAGGGCGACAGCGGCGGGCCGGUGCUCGACGCGAGCGGGCGGCUCGUGGCGGUCGUCUGGGGCGCCAGCAACGGCGAGACGUUCGCGAUGGGGGGCGAGCCCCUGCGGCGGAUUCUAGAGCGGUUGCCGAAGCACGAACUCGCGCCGGUGAGACGAGAGCCCGAGUCGGAACCCGAGGUCGCUACGGAUUCGCUGCGGAAGGAGUUGCGAGCUUAUGCGGCCCAGCUGGAGGAGCGGUUGAAGCGGUUGGAGAGUUUGCCGGCGCGCCCUCCGGUCGCUGACGCUCCCGGCUCGCCUGCGCCUCGUUUGGCGCCGCCGGUUGGUGGGGUCGGAGAGCGUGUCGCCGGCGGACUGGUGACCGCGGCCCGGGUCGAGUCGCUGUUCGCGGCGGUCGCGGUCGGUGGGCCGUUGGGGUUGGCGGCGUGGGCGGGGCUUCGUUGGUUGCGGCAACCAAAGCGCGACACACGGGCCGAUCGCUGCGAACCGCAAAAGGUGGCGAUCGAUUCGCCGCCCCCGCCGCAACGGGUCGUCCCCGAGACGCACUACGUCUCCUACGAACGCGACGACUACGCCCGGGCGCACCAGUGGGCGAGCGAGCAGCUCGCGCGGAAGUUCCCGGGCUCG